UUGAAAAAGCCAAGUUUCAUGUGUAUUGUGUUAUGACCGAUGUAGUCCAAUGGAAUAGGGGUGCACGGAAGUUAUUUGGUAUAGAAGAUAAAAAAUUGAGCUGUGAGCAUCCUUAUGAUACUGAAAGACGACUAUGGUUUGCUUCUGAUUUUUGCCACUUGCUGAAAAACUUCAGAAAUGGAAUAAUUAAACUCCCUUAUUUCUGGACUCCGGAUGGUAUUAUCAAAAUGCUUCAUUGGGGCAUAUGGUAAAAUAAACUUGAAAAUAGGUUUCAAAUUAUCACCUCAACAUUUAAAACUUUAAAGCUUUCGAAAGAGGAAUGUCUUGCUCGAUACUUAUUUUCACGUCAAUUAAGAGUAGCCAUGUCAAUGUAUAAAGAUAAAUGUUAUGAGCUGCACGACUGUGAACCUACAAUAUCUUUCAUGGAAAAAGUAGAUAAUGUAAUUACAGCUAUAUACUCUCGAACCCCAGAAAACGCUUUACGUCCAGACACUAACUGUUCAAUGAGAAAGGCUAUUAUCGACUUUGAUCAUUAUCUUCAUGAUUGGGAGAAGAAAGCUAAGGAGGAGAUAACAAAACAAAAAGCUGAGAAAAAGAAGAAAAAGGCUAAUAAAGAGGAGAAUUUUGAGUUUCCAAUCACAAACAGUACUUUAACUGGCUUUAAAGUAACUCUCGGAACUACUUUGGAAUUACUGGAAUUUUCACACGAUAAGUGUAAUUAUGAUUACAUCAUGACAUCGCGCUUGAAUCAAAAUUCUUUGGAAUUGUAAAUUUUAGGAAUUUUCGGAAUUAUGCAGUCAUCUUGUGGAUGUAACGACCACCCGGGUCGAAUACUUUUUGGCCAAGUUUUCCGUCUUCUCUGCAGCUAUUUUCUGGCAACACCACCGAGGGGUUCCGACGUCACUGGUGGGGAAGUACUGAAUUCACUGAUGCACACUAAAGAGUAUAACGGUGGGCCAUGGUUAUUCCGUGUCUUAUAACCACGAACCAUAGUUAAUGAAAUUUCUCGAAUAUAAAUUGAUUAAUUAUAAAAUAUAAAUAUUAAUUAAAGAUUAUUUUAUUGCUGGUUCGGAAAACAGGAAAGUAGAUCUCAGGAGUAGGUAGACUCGUUCUGUACCGGACACGCGGCUGAAAAGAAUACUUAUUCUACGUGACGCUGGUGAUAAGAAAAUUCAUUA